AUGGUCUACAUCCGACAACAUCUACUGCCGAACCUGCGCAACUACAAGUAUGCGGGUAUCGACCACUCGCUCAUCAGUCGCUACGUCCUCAAGCCGUUCUAUGGCAAAUGCGUGAUACACUUGUUUCCCAUGGGCAUGGCACCCAAUGCCAUUACCCUGACUGGAUUCAUGUUCGUGGUCAUUAAUUUCCUGACCGUGAUGUGGUACAACCCCGGUAUGGACACGGACUGUCCGCCGUGGGUGUAUGCGAGCUGCGCGAUAGGCAUGUUCUUGUAUCAGACAUUUGAUGCUGUAGAUGGCAUGCAGGCACGGAGAACAAGGCAGAGUGGGCCGCUGGGCGAGCUCUUUGAUCACAGUGUCGACGCAUGCAACACCGGAUUGGGCGUGCUAAUCUUCGCGGCUGCGAUGAACCUCGGAAACUCAUGGAUGACGAUCAUAGGUCUAUUUGGAUCAACGAUGACGUUCUACGUGCAGACUUGGGAUGAAUUCUACACCCAGGUCCUGACCCUGGGCAUCAUAUCCGGCCCCGUCGAGGGUGUUCUCACCCUCUGCGCCGUCUACGCCAUCACCGCCUACAUGGGUGGCGGCAGCUUCUGGCACCAGCCGAUGCUCGAGACCAUCGGUGUAGCCAAGCCCAGCUUCCUCUCGGACCAGGUGUACCAGAUGCCCUUCACGCAGUGGUACCUGGUGUACGGCGCGUUUGUGCUCUUCUUCGCCACGGGCUCGAGCAUCUGGCACGUCGUGCAGGUGCGCCGCCAGCGUGGCCAGGACCCUAUCGCUCCGCUGUAUGGUCUGCUGCCCAUGGUGGCUAUCUGGACACUGGUCCCCGCGUAUUUGUACCUGCAGCCCGUCAUCCUGGAGAACUACACCAUUCCCUUUGGGCUGUAUGUCGGCUUGGUGAAUGCCUACGCCGUGGGCCGCAUAAUCGUCGGCCAUCUGGUGCAGUCUGGGUUCCCGUACCACAACAUCCUGCUCUACCCGUUGGCUCUUGGUGUGCUAGACAGCGCCGGCGCGGCGGUCGGUCUUUGGGCCAGUCCUGUGCUUGGAUAUGGUAACGGCCAGAUCAUGUUCAUGUUUGGGUGCCUGGGUCUGGCGGUUGGUAUCUAUGGUAGCUUCGUGUUUGACGUCAUCACUACUAUCUGCGAUCACAUCGACAUCUGGUGCUUGACCAUCAAGCACCCAUACGUCGAGGAAACCGAGUGCAAGGAUGGUGCGGCGGUCAAGGCACAGGUUGAGGGCGCCUCGAAGAAGAACAAAUAA